GCGGCUAGUCCCUCUCACUUCGACCACAGCCUCCAGUAACCGCAUCGACUCUCAAUUUCCUCUGGUCAUCACAGAUAACUUGUCAGGUUAUUCCAUUCCAGCACUUAUACCAACCCUGCCUUUGCCAAACAACCAGCAUCAUCCCCUCUCCCUCAAGUAUCAUAAACCAUAGCCCUAGCAAAUAUGGAUCCCCUCCUCGUCACGUCCUCUCCGUACAUACAGGAGCAGCACGACUUUCAGCCCUCGUCGAACUCCGCGCACUUCGACAUAAACCACUCCGAGUCGCCCUACCUCGUUGACUCUUUCGCGUUCGAUCAGGACUACCCUCAGGACAACGGUCACUUUCCACACACGCCAUCUUACAACGGCUCUUACCAGAACUCGCCCUACUCGGUGCUCUCGGACCUGCCAAACUUUGAUAAUCCCGACGGCUCCGACCCUCUGGCGUUGUUCGACGAGAACCCGUCCGGCAUCUCGAUAACGGAGGAGUACGACCCAGCCGAGUACGACAUACCGAACAGCUCCGGACUCAUCACUUUCGACGAACAUUACAUGUCCACAAUAGACUCUGCGAAUACGCAAGUCUCAGUGUCGAUCACACCGCCUUCCUACGACAACGCCCCGUCGCCCUCCGCUUACGAUCACGCCUCUCCUGCGUCGAGUAACGGCGCAGACGACGACCGCUCUCGAGCUUCCUCAUCCUCCUCCUACAUGCCUCCAAACUCGCCGCCUCUCAACGAUUUCACCCAGAACUUUGAGAGCAUGCACUUCGAGUCACCGAGCUGGUCGACCUCUCGGCUGCCCCCAGACAGGCGUUCGCCACCGGCGCAACAAAAGACGCAGUCUCCUCCCCAGCUUGUCAUCCCAGACAUCUCGAGUCCGGCGACGACCGUCCAUGACGAGCCGCCGACGAUCAACGCUCCGGAAGGCGACGGUAUGCUGACCGGACCCCAGCUGCAUAUCGUUCCCGCGACGCCGAUCAGUGGUGGUGGCGGAACUACACAGAGCGUCCCGUUCCUCCAGCAAAGUGCGUAUCAUCUACUUGUUGUCUUCUGCUCCGCUUGUUGUUAUGUCUCCUCCGUCUCCUCGACGCUGCGGACCUGGUCGCGGGCUUAGCGCGAACGUAACCCCUAGCG